AUGACCUUUGAUCCAAGACAAAUUACCUCUCAUACACUGUCUUCUCAAUCAGUGUUGUCUAAUGCCAAUGGUACCCCCUCUCCAGUAAUUGGGGAGGGUUCCCUCUCUCUCUCUGACUCCCUCACUUUGGAUUCUGACAUUCUCAGCAGCAAGACGAUUGGUUGUGGUACUAGGAGGGGCAAAUUCUAUUAUCUGGACUUGGCAUCUGACAGUGAAGCUAGACUCAGUCACACUUACAAAAUUAGGGGUACGAGUAUUGAGAAGCAAACUUCCGAAGUAUGGUUAUGGCAUUGCCGUCUUGGAGAUGCUUCGUUUGGAUAUUUACGGAAGCUAUUUCCUUCCUUAUGUUCCCAGUUAGAUCUAUCCAGUUUUGCAUGUGACAUCUGUGAACUAGCCAAGAGCCAUCGUGUUCUUUUUCCCUUAAGUUGCCAUAAAAGUUUGGUUCCCUUUUCUCUUGUUCAUUCUGAUGUUUGGGGCCUGGCUAAAAUUACCACUCCAAGGGAAGCUAGAUGGUUUGUCACGUUUAUCGAUGAUUGCACAUGUAUGACAUGGGUUUCCCUUAUCCAAACAAAAGGGGAAGUCAGUUCCAAGUUUCAACAGUUUUAUCAAAUGGUGGAGACACAAUUUCAUACCCGAAUUCAGAAUGGUGUGGCUGAACGAAGGAAUAUACACUUAUUGGAAGUGGUUCGUGCCUCUCUCUUUGGUGCCAAUAUGCCUCGGUCUUUUUGGGGAGAAGGCGUCCUCUCUACAGCAUACCUUAUCAAUCGGAUUCCCUCCACGACCGGUUGCCGGAGCCUUCGCCUGAAAACGAUCGAUUGCAGGAAGCAAGUGACCGGUCGCCCGAGACUCUGCUUGAAAGCGACCGGUCGUUGGUUGAAAUCGACUGGUGGCCCCCAAAAUCCGAAUAUGCUUCAAAACGACCAGUCGCCAGAGGACCUACCACAUCAAUCACCUGUUGAGAACGUCAUUCAGAAGGCACAGAGCCUACAUAUCAGAUUCCAAAACGGAAGAACCGUGGAAAACCUCCAGUUCACUAUGAAGCAGAUCUUAAUGCAAAAUGGAAAUAUCUCAUCAACAAUUAUGUAUCCAUCAGCGUCACGGGUGCACUUUGUAAAGCAGUUGGCAGACAUACCGAUUCCCAACAGUGUCACUGAAGCACUAGAAGACUCAAAAUGGAAAGAAGCCAUAAAUGAAGAAAUAGUCCUUCUGUCUCUAGCAGCAAAUCUAAAUUGGCCAUUACAUCAGUUUGAUGUAAAAAAUGCUUUCUUACAUGGAGACUUGGAAGAAGAAGUAUAUAUGGAUUUGCCACCAAGAUGUAGCUUAGCUCGUGACAAGGAAAAUCAAAGUAAUGCAUAUCACAUUUUGUUCUUAAAGCGUGAUGGAAGAAGACUUACUGCAUUGAUUGUUUAUAUGGAUGACAUAGUCGUAACUGGAAACAACACAGGAGAGCAACUGAAACUACAGAAGUAUUUGUCUCAGGAAUUUGAGAUGAAGGAUUUAGGUGAUCUGAAGUACUUUCUAGGAAUUGAAGUAGCCAGGUCCACAAGUGGUAUAUUUCUGUCUCAAAGGAAGUAUGUAUUAGAUCUGUUCACUGAAAAAGGAAUGCUUGGAUGCAAACCUGUUGAUACACCCAUGGAGAUGAAUCAUAAGUUAUGUGAAGACAUGGAUCAAGAAUCAACCAACAAGGAACAGUACCAACGCCUUGUUGGAAGAUACUUAAAAUCAACACCUAGAAAACGAUUAAUGUUCUCAAAAAAUAAAGAUCUCGAAGUUGUUGGAUAUACACAUGUUGAUUGGGCUGGCUCCGUUACUGACAGACGCUCUACUUCAGCUUACUUUACUUUUGUGGGAGGUAAUCUAGUCACUUGGCGGAGUAAGAAACAAAAUGUGGUUUCUCGGUCGAGUGCUGAAGCAGAGUAUCGAGGAAUUGCUCACGGAGUUUGUGAAUUACUAUGGAUCAGAAGAUUAUUAACAGAAUUGGGGUUCAAGCAAGAAAAGCCAAUAGAGUUACAUUGUGAUAACGAGUCAGCCAUCGAUAUUGCCCAUAAUCCAGUUCAACAUGAUCGAAUUAAACAUGUUGAGGUGGAUAGACAUUUUAAAUCAAAGAAAAACUUGAGAAGAAGAUCAUCCGCCUACCAUUCGUAA